UGAAAAUUAAUUCAGUGAUAAAAAUUAGACGUUUUAUUUAUUUAUAAAUUAUAAUUUUACGUGUAUUCUUUGUUUUUACUAAAUAUGUUGGAUGAUAAAAAAGAAAUCAGCGCAAUGUAGGAACUCUAGACGAUAAAAAUGUAGAAAAUCCCGUUGGGAACAUACUAAAUAUGUUGCGAUAGUGGCGGUGUUUAUUUUAAGUGUAAACAUGAAUUUGAUGCGCAAAUUGCGUGGUGCUUCCGCCUCCACAUCGGCGGAGCCCACAGAGGCUGCAACUUCUCAUGUUCAGCUGGGAUUAAUGCAUCUGAAAAAGUUAUUUGCUGAAUACACUCAUCCAGCUCAACCGCUGACAGAAAGUGAAAAAGAUGACAAGCUUUAUAAUAUGCUUCCGCUUUUUUGUAAGGUAUUUGGUGCAAGUCCUUCAACUGAUAUGAAUGAAAAGUUUUGGGAUAUACUUUCAUUUUGUCAGCAAGUUUCCAAACUUAUGGUGUCAGAGAUUCGCAAAAGAGCCAGUAAUCAAAGUACAGAAGCAGCAAGCUGUGCUAUUGCUAAGUUUCUAGAAAUAGAGAAUUCAGAAGAAUCAAGUAAUGGAUGGAUGUUAUUAUCCACCUUAAAUUUAUUGGCAGCUGGAGAUCAAUCUCUUAUUCAGGUGAUGACAACUGCAGCCAUACCAUCAACUUUAGUAAAAUGUUUGUAUCUAUUUUUUGACCUUCCCGAAAUUCCUGAGUCAGAAGCAGAUGUACAUGAUGAUAAUAGUGAAUUUACACCUCGGGAAAGAAGAAUUCUUUUGCAGAAAAUUUUUGUUCAGGUUCUGGUAAGAUUAUGUAGUCACCCAUUUCCAUGUGAGGAAUUAGCAAGGAAAGAUGAUUUGAGCCUGCUAUUCUCUGCAAUUACGUCAUGGUGUGCUCCCCAUAAUAUAAUGUGGAGGAAAUCAGCAGCUGAAGUAUUAAUGACAUUGUCUCGUCAUGGCUUAACACAGUCUGUAGUACAGUACAUACAUAAUAAAGGAUGUGUAGGCUUGUGCAUUGAAAAUAUGCAAAAAAUUCCAGAAUUGACUCCACUAGAGGUUGUUGAAAUGUUUGUGGCAGUGUUCUGUUUUCUAAAAGAUUCCAGUGAAGUCAGUCAAUUAUUGUUGGAUGAUUUUAGAUCAUGUCAAGGAUAUCUUUUUCUAUCGGAAUUUCUUCUAAAACAUGAGAGACAAGAUGUACCUGAUUAUUUAACGUCAGGGUUAGAAGAAGAACGAGUGAGCGGGACGGAAGCUCGAGCGGCUCUAAGGAAUCUUGUUCUCAUGAUAUCGUCGCUAUGCGCGUGCGGGUUUUCGGAAUUGCGACCGACUCGCACUAAUACAGAAUUAUUUCAGUUGCAAGGGUUUGUCUUACCGCAGCCGUCUACACCAGGACAAGCAGUUAGGAACGUACAGGCAUUUCAGGUUUUGCAAUCCGUAUUCCUAAAAUCGAACUCACCAGCAUUAUGUUGCACAAUACUUGAUGCAAUAUCAAGCGUGUACCACGCGGACAAUGCUAAUUACUUUAUACUGGAAAAUCAAAAUACCCUCAGCCAAUUUUCGGAAAGAGUUCACACCAAAAACGCAGAGAUACAAGAGAAGUUUUUCGAGUUACUAGAAUUUAUUGUUUUUCAACUGAACUUUGUGCCCUGCAAGGAAUUGAUAUCACUGUCUUUGUUAUUGAAAGCCAAUAAGUCAAGAAGUUGUAGUAUAUUGUGUAUGAAAACAUUGUUAAAUAUUUUGAAACAUAAUGCACUCUUCAAAGACGUAUAUCGGGAAGUUGGCAUGCUAGAAGUGUUUGUGACGUGCUUGACACGAUAUGCGGUAUUUUUAAAAGAUAAACAGAUACUAGAGGAAGAAAUGGAAAAGAAAGAGACAGUUUCGAGUGCAACUGAGUCUCCAAAAGCACCGGAUAGAAAAAAGCGUCAAUCACGACAAGACUCGUUGAUACAAGAUCCCAAUAUUGAGAUACAAGAAGAAGAACUAGGUUCUCUAGUCAUGGAAGGUCUAACAGCUUUGUUGAAUGGAAAUGUGAACAAUUGUAACGUGUUCAGAGAUUGUGGCGGCGCCAAGUGUGUUCACGGAAUGGUCGUUUAUGAAUCGUGUAGGACUAAAGCAUUGGGAGUUAUUCGGGAGUUGAUCGUCAGUGGUUCUGGCGAAGAGGAUAUGUCCAUGUUACUAUGCGGCAUGCAUGCCGCUCCUAAUGAUGCUUACCGAUUGAAGCUACACAUUCUGAAAGCUUUACUUGUCUGUCUCAGGGAUUCACAUCGCACCCGGACUAUAUUUAGAAAGGUCAGUGGUUUUGUCUACGUCACUAGCGUCCUUGUUUCAUUGGAGGGGAAAUUAAAAGGAGAUAAAUUGAUGGAUCACGAUAUGUUGCAACUAAUACACAUUGUCUUCUAUACUAUUAGUACGGCGAUGCGAUUCGAACCGGCUAAUGCAAAGUUUUUUCAUCAUGAGAUCUGUAUGACAACAUUGUACGAAACAAUAAGGCUCCUUGGUUGUUUUACCAAUGACAUAGAAUUACAGCACGACACAGAGUCUGGUGACCCGGAACGUUAUGAGGUCUUUCACGAUAUUUUUACAAGCAAUAUAUUAGAAACCACGUUUCCAGAGACAGUGCCAGUGGAAUUUAUUCAUGCGUGCAUUGUACUGAGGUUGCUAUAUGAUGUGGCCUUAGAUUCAUUUGAUAAGCCAUUAGCUUUUGGAUCUCUCAAUGUAAAGUCACCGAGCUUAACGCGACAAAGUUCCGCAAUCAAUGAAGCGAAACCGGCAGGCCGUUCGACUCCCCUCAACCUAUCUAUAGGCGCGCCAUCCACUGAAGCGUGGGUCAUCCACUCCGGCGUGGUGAUAGUGCUCGCUAAACUAUUGCCAGCUUUACCAAGACCACAAGAACAUGAAAAUGAUGCUAGAGCGCUAAGAGACUAUUUAGCGCACGUGUUGAAGAGCCUGGUUAGAAGUGAGCGCAAUCAGCAAGUAAUGUGUGGGGGUGGAUUAGCAGGCGUAGUGCUAACUGUAUGCAGCGCCGCACUAAGAGCGGAGAAACACCCAUUGCAUGCGCCAGCCAUGUAUGUUUUAGAGAGACUUGCCGCACAUGCGCUAAGGCCCACUGAACUCAGGGAGUUUUUAAGGAUGGGAAAUCCGCUUAAUUGUUUGGCACCAGAACCUGGACAAGUUUGCAAACCAGGUGGACCUGUGCCACUUACGAGGAUCAAAACAUUGGUCUCUAUGACAACACCCAGAGAUUAUAGAUCGCAAAAUUCAUGCACUCUACCCCCUUUCGUUGAGUUCGAUAUGUCAGCGGAAGGAUUCGGUUGUCUUUACCUUCCAAGUAUUGCGCCGCAGUCUGCUAAUUUAAACGCUCUCGGCUCACAAGAUACUUCAACACUCGGUGGAAUAGGAUCAGGUGAUCGAGUAUUUCCACCACAAACGGGAUUGACAUAUUCCACAUGGAUAUGUGUGGAAAAAUAUUCAGAAGCACGAACAGACCCGCAUUGCGUUAGAUUACUGACGCUAGUGCGAAAUAUCAAUAAUUCAAGAGACGAUCAUCUUGUGUGUCUUGCAUUAGUGCUUUCAGCAAGGGAUAAAGCUAUUAUUGUAUCGACGCAGGAAACUUUAGUCCCACAUAACGUGGGUGAAUGGGAGCCAGAAGGUACGGGCGAGUGCGGUGCCCGCGUGUGGUGUCCGGACUUGCAGCACGAGGGCCAGUGGCACCAUCUAGCGUUGGUUCUCAACCGCGCUGUGCUUAAGAACUCCUCUUUUUCUCUUUAUCUUGAUGGCCAGCACAUGCACUCGGGCAAGCUGCACUACGUGAGCGCGAACCCGGGCGGCGGCGCGGCGACGCUGUCGGGCGCGUCGAGCGUGUACUGCGUGAUCGGCACGCCGCCGCACUGGCGCCGCUACUCGCGCCUGCUGUGGCGCCAGGGGCCCGCGCUGCUGCUGGAGGACGUUUUACCCGCACAAACAAUAUCAGUCAUCUACCAACUGGGCCCGCAUUACGUUGGGACAUUACAAGCGCCCGUACCACCUGGCCCGAAUCAAGAACCGUUAGCGCCCUUAGUGGCUGAAGAAAAAGUUGUCUUUGGCAUUAAUGCAAGAGCCAUGUCGCAACUUACUUUAGCCAAAAUUCGCAAAGUGUACAGCAAAAAUGAUAAUAAAGCGAUAGCAAAGCAAUUGGGCAUGUCAUCACAUGAGAAUGCGACACCAAUAAGAAUUCUUCACAAUUCGGCUGGACAUUUAAUGGGCCCGGCUAGAUGCUUGGGCGGAGUUGUUGUGGGGUAUCUCGGAGUGAGGGUGUUCUGCCCGAAACCAGCAGCUAUCAUGAUCGACACGGUUGGUGGAUGUUCAGUAUUAUUAGGUUUAAUAGCUAUGGCUCAAGAUGUAGAAUGCCUAUAUGCAGGCGUGAAGGCAUUAGUUUGUGUUGUGAGAUCAAAUAAGGCAGCUCAAGCCGAAAUGGACAGACGGAAAGGAUACCAAACACUUGCAAUGUUGUUGAAGAGGAAGAAACAGCUGCUUAAUUCGCACAUACUACAUCUAAUAUUCGGCUUAGUUGGUACUGUCGAUAGUCAGAAAGAAACAUCGUCAAUUCCUAAUUUAACUGCAUUCCAGGAUCUUAUUUGUGACUUAGAUGUAUGGCUCGGAGCUCCCGGUGGCUUAAUAAAAUCGCUUUUGGAACAUUUACUAGAAUUAGCGACAGAAACAGCUCACCGAACGCACAACUUACGCACAAUGAGGGAGCUACAAUUAGUGCCUAAAUUACUUUAUAUCGUGAACGAUGUUAAAGUUGGCAGCACAAAGAAUGUUCUCAUAAAUCUAUUGGCAGCUUUAUUGGGUGGCCAACCGCGACCUACUGACUUACUCUGCCUUGGUCAAUUCAUGGCCUUUACCUUACCCUUACCAUCACAAACGGAACAGAAUAUUGUCAUAAUAGAGAAUGACUUUGAUAAAGAGAUCGAAGGAGAACAAGUCAUUCUCAGGAAUAAAUGUUUUUGCGUUUUACACGGAUUACUGUUUACAACGCGUAAUUUGGUCAAUACGAUUGUCUGUGAAGAAAUAUCAAGAGUACUAGGAAUGGAUUGGCUUCUCAGUUUUAUGCAAGAGAAUGUCCAUCCCACUACGGUGCUGUGGGCGCUGCGUAUUCUAGUCAUUUUGUGUUCUGGACAAGGACAACAAUCUGCUAUAAUGCAAAGGUUUCGUGAAGGUGUCGGCAACGGUGGUUGGUUGCGGCACACAGAACUGAUCGCGGGCGGACAGCAAGCGGGCGUGGUUGUGUCGGCCGCUGUGCAUUCGCACUCACACUUACACGCUCCGCUUCUCUACACCUCUGGCUUUACGCUGCUCGCCUGGUUAUCACUAUUUCACCUUCAAAUACCCGAGCUCUACUACCUUUUAUUCGGUCUGACUCUUGGUCAGCCGAUGCGUCAAAUUGGCCCAGAGAAGACGGUCUCAGUAGAACGUGUGUGGGCUGCAGCUUGGGGAGCGGCUGCUCCUCAGAGACAAUCUUCAGCUGCUUUAGCUGCAAGAAUCACAUUAUGUCCUGAAGCUGUGGUGAUAUUACUGGCCACUGUGAGGUCAUUGGUGCAUGCAGAGGCGGGUUCCUUGCCUGAAUGGCUUGCGGAACAUCCUGUAGCUAUUAUACAGGUUCUUUUUUCGCUAUACAAUACUUUACCGGAUUUUGUGACACUGAUGAUGACUGCUGAAGUUUUGACGGCGCUUGCGUCGAUACUCUUUCCUCCUAAUCCGUCUGACGAAAUUCAUAUGCCUAUUUGCGAAAGUGGUGAAAGCUCAGGCGCAUCUACUCCUGGAUCUGAGAAAGAAGUAGUACUUGUGAGUAGCACGGCCGGGUUGACCCAUCAUCCCGCGAGACAGGCCGUAAUGGACUUUCUCAAAGUUAUCGUGCUCGAUUCGCUGCCACUUAGCGUUACGGCUAAAGCUUCACCUACCCCAUUCGCGUCUGACUCGGUGCCAUCGUCAAUGUUUUGUACGCCCUGCUCCACGCCAAGAUCGUACUUUUAUUGCGUUAUAGAUCUGGUGCUUGAUGCAUCUCCCGCCAACUCGACAAGUGAGCAGCAAACUGAAUAUCAAACAGAAGUGUUGACUACACUCAUGGAAAACCUACUAAAUACAGAACUUUUUGGUUCCGAAUCAAAUAUAUCAAACGUUUGCUACUUGGCCGCAAGACUCGUCGAUAAAUUGUGGCAAGGACAAUUGUCAAGAGAUCCUCAUGAGGUUUUCGAUUUCUUAGUGAAAUUGGUAACCCAAGCGAAAAAGAAAUCACUUAUGGUCUCACUGGAGGGCCUACAUCACUGUUUGAAUAGGACAAUACUAUUUCUUCUGUCUCGCUGUACUGAUUCUAUUGCUGAUCAGAUGUCAGUGCUUGAAGCUUUACACAAGCUCACUACCAACAGAUUGCUUAUAUUCGGAGCUGGAAAUCACGAAUUGGAGUUUAUUGGUUGCCUAACAUAUUGCCUCUUACAACUGAGUGCUAACAUGAAAAUAGCGCUUGAUUCACACAUGCGAACCACGUGGCAUGUGAAUCCCAGUGGAGAUCUAGAAUCCAGAGAUGAUAAAUUAACUGCCCAUCAAGGCCGCAAUCUCAUGGCCGGAGCAGCUCGUCGCGUAUGGGAGGAGCUAUACGCGUGCAAGAAGCCGGCCAUAGAAGAAGUGUUCAAAGUGACGUUAAGUGCACCUGCAGCGGGGGCUAAAGCACCCGACCUGGGUACAGUGCGGGAACAUUUGCAUGACGCUGCGCAUAAGCUGUGGAUGACGUAUAUUGAUACUGAGAGGAAGGCCGUGUAUCGAGUCCCAUGGGAGCUACACAACCAGAUUCAAUCGAAGAUUCAAAAAGUGACUGGUGGUUUGACACGUUUGGCGUCUCGGACGAAAGUGAAGAGAGAUGACACUGGAAAAUUACGACCAAGGCUUCCGAGACACCACGCCUUGGCUUAUAUGCAAGACCAUGUGCAACUUGUUAGACGCACGUGGGCGGUGAGCGCGCAGUGCGCGGCGAACACGUGGGCGCACACGACGCGCUACGUGCAGGCGGAGUGGGCGGGCGCGUGGCGCGAGCUGACCCGCGAGCGCGCGCUGUGGGGCCCGCCGCGCGCCGAGCCGCUCGCCAAGUGGGCGCUGCACUGCACCGAGGGGCCGUGCCGCAUGCGCAAGCAGCUGCGCCGCAACCUCGCCUUCUACGCGCACUACCCCUACGCGCCGAGCCGAGACGGCGCCGAUCAUAGACAACUCAAAUACAAGGUGGCCCAAAGUCGCGAUAGUAAAGAAUACUAUAGAGUGUACCAGCAGUGGCGCACGGGCAGCUGUGUGGGUGAAGCAGACAGUGUUGAUACUACAGAAGAGCAGACAUUUGAUGAAGAAAUUACAAGCAAUAGAGAAACUUCAGUGGAAGUUGUCAAUGAGGAAGGUUCUCCAUCCGAUUUAGUUAGCAGUGGCGUUGUGAGUAGAGGCAAUAACCAAUCCACAGAAGCAAGCGAGGAUGGGCCUGAUAAUGAAGACGAAGACGAACAACCUCCACCUCCAGAUAAUCAAACCUUGCUAAGAUUACUAGAGCAUCAUGAAAAGAUAACUCACAUGUUCCGUUGCGCCCGAAUACAAGGUCUCGACACAACAGAAGGUCUAUUGCUAUUUGGAAGAGAGCAUUGUUACGUAAUAGAUGGGUUCACUUUGCUAAAGAACAGGGAAAUACGUGAUUUGGAUAGCUGUCCUGAUGAUUACGAACCGAUCUUACCGAGUCAAGGAAUACAAAGAAGUAACCAAAGACAAUGCUCCAAAUUCUUAUAUGAAGAUAUAAGAGAAGUACACAAGCGAAGAUAUUUGUUACAGCCGAUCGCUCUGGAAGUUUUCUCGAGCGAUGGCCGCAAUUAUUUGUUAGCAUUUCCACGCAAAAUACGGAAUAAGGUGUACAGCCGCUUCACCGCGCUGGCCACGGGCAUGGCGGACAGCGCGGCGGGCUCGGUGGCGGGGCAGAAGCGCGGCGUGGCCGUGGAGCAGCCCGCCGGCAUACUCGCCUCGCUCAUCGGCGACACCUCCGUCACGCAGCGCUGGCUGAGGGGUGAAAUAACAAACUUCCAAUACUUGAUGCAUCUGAACACACUAGCUGGUCGUUCAUACAACGACUUAAUGCAGUAUCCAGUGUUCCCGUGGAUCUUAGCCGAUUAUGACUCUUUGGAAUUGGAUCUGAACGAUCCAGCUACAUUUAGAGAUUUGAGUAAACCAAUGGGAGCUCAGAGUCCUGAUAGAUUGGAACAAUUCAGGAAAAGAUAUAAGGAAUGGGAUGAUCCUCAUGGAGAAACUCCCCCGUACCAUUAUGGCACACAUUAUUCGUCAGCGAUGAUAGUGUGUUCCUAUCUUGUGCGUAUGGAACCUUUUACACAACAUUUUUUGAGGUUACAAGGAGGACAUUUUGAUUUGGCUGAUAGAAUGUUCCAUUCCAUAAAGGAAGCGUGGAAUUCCGCAUCAAGACACAACAUGGCGGAUGUUAAAGAAUUAAUCCCGGAGUUUUUCUACUUACCGGAAUUUUUGGUCAAUUCAAAUAAUUUCGAUUUAGGUUGCAAGCAAUCGGGCGUAGCGCUGGGCGACGUGGUCCUCCCGCCGUGGGCGAAGGGCGACCCGCGCGAGUUCAUCCGCCUGCACCGCGCGGCGCUGGAGUCGGAGCACGUGUCGCACCGCCUGCACCACUGGAUCGACCUCGUGUUCGGCCACAAGCAGCAGGGCCAGCCCGCGGUGGACGCGUGCAACGUGUUCCACCACCUGUUCUACGAGGGCAACGUGGAUAUAUACAAUAUUGAUGAUCCGUUGAAGAAAAACGCAACUAUUGGCUUUAUUAACAACUUUGGCCAAAUACCAAAGCAAUUAUUUAAAAAAGCACAUCCAAGCAAGAAGAUGUCACAACGUAGUUCGACAAUAUUAGAUCCAAACAGUAUAAUACAAUCUCAAGGCGUUAUUACACCGCCAGAAAAACUAUUUUUCCAUAAUUUGGAAAAUUUGAGGCCGUCUCUGCAACCUGUAAAAGAGGUAAAAGGACCAGUUGGACAAAUUCUUUAUACUGAAAAGGCAAUCUUAGCCGUGGAACAGAACAAAGUGUUGAUGCCACCCGCUUACAAUAAGUACGUGGCGUGGGGCUUUGCGGAUCAUUCCUUGCGUAUAGGAAACUAUGAUAAUGACAAGGCUGUGUUUGUGUGCGAGAGUGUCGCACAAGCAUGUGGCGAGAUCGUCACUUGUGUGUGUUUGUCUGAUAAAAUGAUAGUCACAGCGGGAACUAGCACGGUGGUAACAAUAUGGCAGUACUGGGCGCGGCGUCGGCGCCUAACCGUAAAGACGUGUCUAUACGGGCACGAAGAGGCAGUCACGUGCCUAGCCGCAAGCGCCGCGUACAACCUCGUGGUGAGCGGCAGCCGCGACGGGCUCGUCAUCGUGUGGGACGCGGAGGGGGGGACCUUCGUGAGGCAACUGUUGCCCCCCCACUUUGUGAAUGUGCCGCAACCGCUGCCGCCCGUUUCUGCGCUCGCUAUUGAUGAUCUUACUGGCGACAUAGCGACAUGCGCGGGUAGUUGGGUGCAAGCGUGGUCGAUCAACGGCGAGGCGCUGGGCGGCGCGGCGGCCGGCACGGGCGAGCGCGCCCCGCAGCUGCUGUGCGUCGCCUUCAGCCAGGCGCGCGACUGGGACCCGCUCAGUGUCAUCAUCACGGGAUCUUCUGAUGGCGUUGUUAGGAUGUGGUCAAUAGAAUAUGUACCCAAGACUGAAGACGAAACUCACAGCUCAGAAGCGGGCAGUUUCGAUGUGGCUUCCGGUUCUAUGGAUACAGAGAAACAAACUGAACAAAAGCUUUCAGUGCAAGACAGUGAAGAGACAAAAACGGAGAGUGAAAAUAAAUCUGAGAGUGAUGUAAAGACUGAAUCAAAUGAAAGGCAGGCAGCUAUUAAAAGAGUGGAAGAAUUAGUCAAGCAAAUGAGUUUAUCACAAGAAAAUGAGGGUAACCUCGCUAAAUCCGGCUCCGAAAGUUCUCUUUCCGAUAUAGGAGAGACUACAAGUGCUAAAGAAUCAUCUCGAAAACACGAUGAUAAGGACACUUGCAGUGACAAUGAACAAUACCCGGAUAAACAUGAAGUUGAUUCCUGUGAAGAGAUGAAGAAUUAUGAAAUAGACUCCGAUGAAAAAGACUAUGAUAACGAAAAAGGCUUAGAUAAAGAAAGUAACGUGCAAAGAAAUAAAUUGCAGAAGCAAGAGCAUGUUGUGUUACGGCGUAAAUCUAAAGGCAAUCCUAUGUUCCGCAAAAGUGGUGGCAGCAUAGGUGGAUCCAGUGAGGUUGGUUCUAGCGGAGAGGGAGACGGAUUAAGAAACAGCAAGUCCGAUACCAGCCUCACGGACUCGUUCGUGGUUCUCGAACACGCCAAGGAAGAGACGCAGCCACAGCCGACAGCGCAAGUAAAGAAUGAUAGCAAAGAGGAGGGGGUGGUGCGCUGGUCGCGGCGGCUGGUGGUGCGCGGCAAGCUGACGAUGCACACGGCGUUCGAGCGGCGCGACAACCUGUCGCCCGCCGCCGUCACCGCCGUGGCCGCCGCGCGCUCCGGCAAGGGGCUCGCCGUGGGCGACGCGCGCGGCCGGAUAUUCCGUUGGUCUGCACCGGACAUGUCGAGUGCGGCGGGCGCUCGCGGCGGUCCCGCCGACCACUGGAUACGAGACGAUACGGCACCCUUCUGUACUCAAUGCCAGGUGCGUUUCACGGCACUGGAGCGGCGGCACCACUGCCGCGAGUGCGGCGCGGUGUUCUGCGGGCGCUGCUCGCGCUACGAGGCGCCCGUGCGCCGCCUGCGCGCGCUGCGCCCCGUGCGCGUGUGCCAGCGCUGCCACCAGCUGCUGCAGCCCAACAAGGAGUAGGCUACGAAGAUGCUACGCAAGGCUACGCUAAACUGCUACACGCUACGCGGGAACAUGUUGCAUCGCAACACGCUACACCGAAAUAUGCUACAUCGUGCUACAUCGGAUCAUGCUACAGCCUACACUAUAACGCACUGCACCGGGAUGUCAUACAAUCUGUAGAUUGCGGUGAACCGCAAUGCGCUACCGGCUACACUGAAACGUGUUAUAUUGGAACGUGCUACACCGGGACACGCUAUAGCCUACACCGCAACAUGCUACACUGGAACGUACUACAUUGUAACACAAUGCAAUAUAACACGCUACACUGUAAUACGCUACACCGGAACAUGCUUUAGAGUAACUUGCUUCACAAACACAUUACACUAUACCAUACAAUGCAGUGCACUUCACUCGCAAUAUACUACAACACACUAUACAACAACACAGUGCAAAACACUACACCCACGAAACAUUACAGUACGAUACAUUACAUCGAAGCAUUGCACCAAACUAAACUAUACUAAACAUGUGACUUACAACACAGUACACAUAUAACAGGACGUCGUUGUUUCCCAAAAUUUGUUAUAGUAGUAAGGAAGUAGUCUAAUUACAUGUAUGGUUCAAACAAUAAUAUGUCAAAAUGAAACAAUACAAGGAUUUGACUACUGUGACGUUUACAAUGUGCACGUGCUAUAAUUAUUAUGUGCUGAAGUUAUCCCAUAUCUAACUACGGGAUAGCAUAAUCGAGAAAGCAUGUCAAUCUAUCAUAAUUAGCCAUCAUAAUAUAAAGCUUCAGCAUUUAGGACAUGCGUGAUGAAUAGAAUCCUAAGGAGCUGAAAAGUUAGCCAAAGGCAUAAACGAAUUACUCGUUUGAAAUUGUAACACUACUCUACUACGUAUUAGACUGUUCACUAUUGAGCGAUUGUAUGGAAAUAUACGCUAAAUUUAUGUACUACGGACUCGGAACAGGCGACAAUUCAUUGAAAUAAAAUAAAAUUACACCCGACUAAAACAGGAAUAACUCGGACUUGACUCAAAAGCGCAGAAAUUACUUCUAAAUAAAAUAUGGCAUCUGCUUUAUGUAAGACUAUCUAAAUAAUCAGUAUCAAAAACGCGCAAACCACGCACUUGUUUUUGUAUUAUUUACAUAAUAAUCAAUGAAUAAUUAAUAUGUUUAAUACUGAUAAAAAUUAUUAUCUUAGCGUUUUAGUAGCAAAACGUAUUGGUGUUUAUAUCCUAGAAGUAAUGUGAAAUCUAUAACAUGCUUAAGACCAACAUAUAAAUAUUGAGAAAAAUAAAAGACAGAGGCAAUUCAGGCCUCGAUUAAUGUAAGUGAAAAAAAUUUACCUUGUCUUAAAUAAUAUAUUUGAUAAGUUAUGUAAUCAAAUUAACACGCUGUCAAAUUCUAACCCACUAUAUUGUAGAAUCGAGUGAGAGUGAUCUAAGUAAAUGGCCACGACUAGUACAAAAUGUAAAUGAGCAGUAUUGCGAUUUAUUAUUAUUUAAAUUAUAUUGGGAAAAAGAUAUCGUAGAUGAAUUUUAUUCGUUUCUUCUUAUAAUAUAAUAAGAUAAACUAAUUGAAAUGGUAAUAUAUUUUGUAGAAAUAAUCGAUUACUUAUUUAUUGUCUGCUAAAAGCUUCAUGUUUUCGCAUUGAAUGUUAUUUGGUAGGUUCUAUAAACCUUCGGCCUUCAAAAAUGUGGUAUUAAAUCAAUAUCUUAUAAAUUAUGAAGUAUCUAUAUUAUUUCUGCCGCAAAUAAACUAUAGUACAGUAUAUGAAUGUAUGCAUAUUGAAAUUAAUAUAAAAUCAUCUUAAAUAAGUAUAACAUUGUAAAGUAAAGCUUUUGAGACCCGUUUAUCCUUACGGCCUUACUAAUAAAAAGUUAAACAUUGGAUAAAUUUCUACCAUUUAAUACAAUAGCUGUGUCCUGCUCUUGCUCACAUGAAACGUCAAUCAUAAAAACAAGACAGGUUAUUGCAAUGACUAAUCCAUUGCAUAGCGAAUGGGUAACAUUUUAUUAGUAAGGCCGUUAGCCUUUAAACUUCAUCAUAACAACAAUCAAUUAUUAUCCGAUAACACUAAAUUAUGUUACUAUCAUUAAAUAGGUCAAAGGUCAUUGGGCAUAUUUGUCAUAUAUUAUAAUAUUAUGGAACUAGGCCAGUUGCGUCUUAUAUAAUGAACUUGGCCUUAUAUUGCAUUAUGCAUAUUGCGUAUUUUUUCUGAUAUGUAUGCGAAAAAAAUAUUCAACAUUUAAAAAUUAUUAUUUUCUAUAGAAACAAUUCAAAUACUUUUGGUGACAGUAUAAUGGCAGACCUUAUAAGAACUUUUUAUCGAUUGAUUUUCAUCAAGGAAAACCGAAAUUUGUGUACGCUCUGAGACAAAAAUAAAAUGCCAGAACAAAAUCCCCAAUGAUCUUUGAAUAAGUAGUCAACAUAUUUAUCCGAAAUGUUUUUAAUUUCAUUGUAUAGCGAUAAAUAUUUAGCUUAAUAACCUAACAUUAACUUAAUUUUGUUUUGUUUCAUUUAACUUCAAUAGUAAUAUUAAUGAGAAAAAUAAAUCAAUGUAGAUACGUUUCAAAGAGGAAACGAAGAAAAUCCAAGCACUAAAAUUCUUCAGGAUUCAGUCUUUCUAUUAUAAGUUUGACGACAGGCUUUCUAUUUAAUUUCUUAUAGUUAAAAUCUACCUUAUUGUCAAAGGUUUUGUGCAACUCCGCAAAAAAUAUUUUUCAUUAAAUAAACCAGAAAACUUUCAGCAUGCUUUCAAAUAAAUUUUUGAGUAAAUCAGUAUUACUUUGUAAAAAUACUAUAUAAUAUAUAUCAUUUGAUAAAAAUAUAUUUUAGAUCUCAUUCUUUAUAAUAUAAGAGAACAUAAUGUUGUCUCAUACUAAAGUAGUGUUUAUGUUUUAUGAAUGAUAAUUUUAUAUAUAUUUAUAGUGAAACGUCGUAAAAUAGGAUUAUGUUACUUUAAUCUCGUUAUUGUGAUAUUUGCACCGGUUUGUUUGGUUUCUGUCGCAACGGUGUGGUCGUGCACUCUGCAGUGUGUCGGUAUCUAUUCGCUGUUGUGUAUGUUAGUGCUAGUCAUCAUUAUUGUUUAUACAAUUAUACAUAACAUUAUUAUUUUGAAUGUGAUUUUCCCUCGCGGUAAAGUGUAAAAAGAAUAUAAUAUACCUAAGAAAUGUAGUAUUUUGAUAUAUCAAUAUGGCAUCAUUUUAUUACUUAUUGGAAUAUAGUU